ACGUCGCAGCGGUGUAACAUCUAAUAUCAUAACACUGCAACACCGGAGCGACCAUACUUGAACUUAUUAUUAUGUCGGCCCCGCGGUCCUUGCAGGCGAUAAAAUAUAUUUGACCUAAACGCGAGCGUCCCUUUAUGAAACAGCUUGUCACCUCUGGAUUUGAGCGACUUUAGGGACCUCUUAAAUUGACUACUAUUUCUUUCGAAUUAAUUGUCAUGUUUAUUUGGCAACGAAUCAAUUCCUGCGUUUGCUCUUUAAGGACCUUGACGCAUCGUUUCCAUUCAGCCAUUGAAGUGGGAAGAGCAGGGUCCAUACUGUUGCGGUUUUAGCGCGACCUACGUGUGGGUUUUAUAGUUAACAUGUUGCUACUGAGCUUAUAUUAGGACUCGUACUGUGGCGUACGGUUAAAGUACUCGUUCGGCUGGCGUCGUCGGUGAAGAGCAGGGGUAUAAUGUCUGGAGCAGCGGGUGGGGGAGGAGGCUCCUCCUGUUUGGGCGCAGCAGCAGCGGCGGCGGCAGCCAGUUGCAGCUCCACCGGCUCUCCUUACGCUGCUGCAGCCGGAGGAGGCGCUGGGGUGGCGGGGAGGCUACCGGCGAGGGUCUUGGAGCAUAUUUUCUCUUACCUGGAACUGUCUGACCUGAUGCGAUGUUCGUUGGUCUGCUGGCACUGGAACAAUAUCCUGGCGGAUGAAAACAGCGAGGUGUGGCGCAGCCUCUCCAACCGGACUCUGAGCGACGAGGCUUUGCGGUCUGACAUCCUUUGUAACCUGCCCACCUACAAGGGCAAACUCAAGGCCUUUCAACAUGCUUUGAGCUCCCACGACUGCUCCCGCAACGUUUACGUGAAGAAGAAUGGCUUUACCCUGCAUCGCAACCCUAUUGCCCAGAGCACAGAUGGUGCACGGGGCAAAAUUGGCUUUUCAGAGGGGCGGCAUGCCUGGGAAAUCUGGUGGGAAGGCCCUCUUGGCACUGUGGCAGUGAUAGGUAUUGCCACGAAGCGGGCGUCCAUGCAGUGCCAGGGCUACGUGGCCCUCCUGGGCAGCGAUGACCAGAGCUGGGGCUGGAACCUGGUCGACAAUAACUUGCUUCACAAUGGAGAGGUCAACGGGAAUUUCCCUCAGUGUAACAAUGCACCUAAAUAUCAGAUCGGGGAGAGAAUACGAGUGAUCCUGGACAUGGAUGACAAGACGUUAGCCUUUGAGAGAGGUUUUGAGUUUCUUGGAAUAGCUUUCCGUGGACUGCCCAAAACCUGUCUGUUCCCCGCUGUCUCUGCAGUAUACGGCAACACUGAAGUCACCAUGGUGUACCUGGGAAAGCCCCUGGAUGGCUAGAUGCAGGACAGCAAGUGCCACCAUGAAAUCGUACAAGCCCCUGUCAAGUGCAGACAGACUCCUGACCCUGUUGUACUGUUUUAAGGUUUUGGAGGGUAAGUGGUCCCAUUUCUUCCAGAAUAACCAACUUUACAUCAGCAAUGAGAACUGUCUGCAUUCUACUUCAGCUCACCACAAAAACAGAGUUUUUUUUAAACUGGACAGACCACAAGCAAAUGGAAUAUGUGAGACCUGUUUGUGUAUCUAUGUGGAAAUGUCCACUUUUACAGGUUAGCUGCUGAACUCUUUUAUUCACCUUAUAGGGGAAACGUAAUUUAAUUUCAUGCAUUUUGGACUCGUGCCGAAGAUUUACAUGAGAUUUUUGUCUGCCUGAAGGAGGCCUGAACUACUCUAAACCAAGCGGCAAAUACUUUUAACAUGACAUUUUAACAAGUGAAACAGUCAUUGUGUGAGUUAAUGGACAAACACAUUGUGGAGCAACUGAAUUAUAAGGAAAUGAAAUGAGUGAAAUCUAUUGUGAUAUUAUGAUGUAGGGCCAAUUCUAUGGGACUUAUGUGACGUAUGUGGCAAUCCGUACACACGCACUGUUAUGCAUGUGCACUUAUGGCUGCAAUUGAAACGACUCCCCUUUUCAAGUACUUAUUCAAUAAUAGUUGAAACAAAUCCGUAACAUGAUAAUGUGUCUUUUUAAUGUGCUACUCUGUAGUGUUACAAUUUAUUUAUUUUUUGGUUUUAUCUAUGGUACUAUAGAGACUGUAUUCUAAGGCCUCAAAAUAAAGCCUACAUGGUGCCACUCCUAAAAUAAAGAUGGCUUGAUGUUUGUUUUCAUGAGUGAACAGUGUAGGUGGCCUAAAAGAUGGACCAACACCGUACUGUCAGCUAUUGAUUAACCUGCUCUUUUUUUUUUUUUUU